AUGAUCUCACGGUCGGCGAUUGGACGAAACGCACAGCUUGCCCUCCGCAGGCAAUGCUGUGCGAAGCCUACGGGCCGACGGGGCCUGGCUGCCGCGGCCUCUCCAUCAACCUCCACCCGCUACGAGAAUGAAGAUGUGGCCGGCGUCAAGGUCGCCACCAGAGAUGUCGCAGGUCCAACUACGAAGCUUGCCGUUGUGGUGAAGGCUGGAACUAGAUACGAACCACUCCCGGGCCUGGCUUUCGGUCUGGAGCGGUUUGCAUUCAAGAACACCGAAAAACGAUCUUCCCUUCGAAUUACAAGGGAGUCUGAGCUUCUCGGUGGCCAAUUGAAGGCAUACCAUACGAGAGAGUCCCUGGUCAUCGAGGCCAAAUUCCUCCAGCAAGACCUUCCAUAUUUUGCGGAACUACUUGGGGAAGUCGUCUCGCAGACAAAAUAUACUACUCAUGAAUACAAGGAGGAGAUCAUGGAGACCAUGGCGCUGCGUCUACACGAUAAGCAUGCCGACGUCUCGCGAGUUGCUCUGGACUCAGCACAUCAUGUUGCAUUCCACAGAGGUCUUGGGUCUGCCCUCUACCCAACUUCAGCAGAUGUUGGGAGAUACGUGAACGAAGAAACAAUCGCCGCGUACGCUUCUGAUGCAUAUGCCAAGUCCAACAUCGCCGUUGUUGCCAAUGGUGCCAGCCAGGCUGAAUUGUCUAAAUGGGUUGGCCAAUUCUUCACUAGUGUCCGUGCUUCACCCCAAACACCGUUGUCGACCAAGGCAACGACAUACUACGGUGGUGAGGAACGACUAGCUCACGGAGCUGGCAACUCAUAUGUUGUUGCGUUCCCUGGAUCAAGCUCGUUCACUUCCGGCGCAUCCUAUAAGCCCGAAAUCUCGGUUCUUGCGACCCUCCUCGGCGGUCAAUCAACCAUUAAGUGGUCUCCUGGAUUCUCGCUGCUGUCCAAGGCUGCACUAUCCUUCCCAGGAACAAACAUUGCGACAUCGCAUUUUGCGUACUCCGAUGCUGGCCUAUUAACCAUUCAAUUUACUGGCGAUGCAGUCGGUAUUCGUGAUGCAUCGGCCGAGGCUAUUAAAACCCUCAAGGCCAUUGCCUCCGGCUCCAUUAGCAAGGAAGACGUUACCAAGGCUGUUGCUCUUACAAAGUAUAACGCAUUAGAAGCGGCCGAGAGCCUUGAUACUGGCCUGGUAUUAACUGGCGCCGGUAUCCUCCACAGCGGCAAGCCUUUCCAAAUUGAGGAAGUUGGCAAGAGUUUCGACAGUGUGACUGCUGACAAGCUGAAAUCGGCGGCCAAAGCUCUCUUGGAUGGAAAAUCGGCUGUUUCAGCUGUUGGAGACUUGCAUGUGCUUCCUUAUGCUGCUGAGAUUGGACUCAACGUAUAG